GUUUUAGUGUUUAACAUGGCACCAAAGAAGGACGCUAAGAAACCCGCUGCAGCUGCACCGGCACCAGAGCCAGCCGCAGAACCACCACCAAAACCCAAAGACCCUCCCAUUGAUCUCUCCAGCAUCAAGAUAGAGUUCUCCAGGGAACAACAGGAUGACUUCAAGGAGGCCUUCCUCCUCUUUGACAGGACUGGUGAGAGCAAGAUCUCCCUCAGCCAGGUCGGAGAUGUCAUCCGUGCCCUGGGACAGAACCCCACCAAUGCUGAAGUCAAGAAGAUCCUAGGCAACCCCAGCAAUGAGGAGAUGAACGCCAAGAAAAUUGGGUUCGACGAGUUCCUGCCCAUGUUGCAGGCAGCUGCCAACAACAAGGACCAGGGAGGCUUUGAAGACUUCGUUGAGGGUCUGCGUGUCUUUGACAAGGAGGGCAACGGGACCGUGAUGGGCGCUGAGCUCCGUCACGUGCUGGCUGCCCUGGGUGAGAAGAUGAGGGAAGAAGAUGUAGAAGAACUGAUGAAGGGGCAGGAAGACUCCAACGGCUGCAUCAAUUAUGAAGCAUUUGUGAGGCACAUCAUGUCUGUCUAAAUGGAAUUCUCAAGACACACAGUUCGGUAAAAUCAGCAGAUACUUGGCAUUUGGGGAUCUACGAAUCUUCUGCUCUACCCAGAACCACCACUCUGGAAUCUAAGAGAGACUGUAUUAUCUGACUCCAAACCAUCCCCCCCGCUAGAGCCAUCCGCAAGAGAUGCCUACGGAAUCUCAACAUUUUUACACUUCGCAGAUAAAGCACUUGCUGAGGCAAGCCAGGAAAGACUCCCUGCCCACAGCUGUCAAGUCCAAUAAUAUUUUUUUUCAUUCUCUGUCCAUCAUGAAACCAAUGUUAUCUUCUUUGGGGGGGAGAGAAAAGAGAAUAAAUCCCUGUGGUCAGUGAAUGGCUGGACAAUCUUUAUUGACAGUGAUCCAAAUUAAAUUGAUCAUUGAAGUCUUAAUUUAUUUUCUCUGCAUGCUGUAUUCCAUAAAAUAAAGUUUCGUG